AUGGCGGAGCUGCCGGGCCCAGCCCUGGGCAGGAUACGGCGCUCCCGCCCCCCCUUUGUACCCGCCCCUUCCACCCCCCUUUCCGCCGCUGCCAUGGCGGAACCGGUAGGGCCCUUUCAUUUGCUCCGAGCCGGGACAGGCCGAUUCCUCUGCUACUGCGGACCCGACGGCACCGUCUUUGUGACCGACGCGAUAGAGGUCUGGGCCGGGGAGCUCGGUGGCUGCCCGGUGCUCGGCUGUCGGUGCCCGCCGGAGGAGCACGGCGCGAUGCUCAGGGCCGCCCUGGGUCAUGGGGCCGCCGCGCUGAGCCUGGGCCCGGGUUCGGCCACGCUGCGGCUGCCGGAGGAGCCGCGGUGCCCGGCCCUGGCCCUCGCCCAGCUGCCCGCCGCCGAGGCGCGCAGCCAGUUGCAGGCGCUGAUCUUCGGCAUGGCCGGCUGCAUCGAGAGCCUGGAGAGGCGCCUGAAAGGAGUGGAGACGUUAUCAUCUUCCUGCAGCCCUGAGAAGAACACUGCCUGGAGCCAGCAGCUCUUCCUGCCAGACCCCAGCCCCAGGAAGAGUAGUGCUUCUGGCUCAGCUUUGCCAGCCAAAAGGAAGGUCCAUGGGGAGUCUCUCAUUAACCCUGGUUUCAAAAGCAAGAAGGCACCAUCUGGAGUGAAUUUCGAGGACUUGUGAUGUCCUGUACCCCGAUGACAGCCCUAUGGACCCUAUGUCUGAACAAGGAGGUGUCCCAGUUGUUCCAGACCUACUGGGCUCUUCGACCCAGGGAGACAACAGAGCCAGCAGCCACCUCUCAGCUGGGGUGGUGUCAGGACCUUUGGGGAGGACAAAUGGAGCAGAGGGGACACCAGCAUGGUGGGGUUUUCCCCUGCAGCUCUUCCCUCCUGGCAGGGAAGGUGCUGACCUCACUUACCAUGAACUGGUGGAGUCUGGAUGGAGUCUUGAUACCAUGGAAUGGAAAAAUUACCUGUGUUUUGCUUCU